CUGCUAAUCGCGACCCCCUCUCCACAACGCCCACGCCAGCCACACGACCAUCAUGGGCCGAAGAAAGAUCGAGAUCAAAGCCAUCAAGGACGACCGGAACCGUUCCGUCACCUUUCUCAAGCGCAAAGGCGGUCUGUUCAAGAAGGCGCACGAACUCUCCGUCCUUUGUUCCGUCGAUGUUGCAGUCAUCAUCUUUGGCCACAACAAGAAACUCUACGAGUUCUCCUCGGGCGAUAUCAACGAGACCAUCGGCCGCUACCAAUAUUAUGGCGGCGCGCACGAGCACAAGGGCCCCGAAGACUUCAUGGGCAAGAAGGACAUGGACGACGAUGACGAUGAGGAUGCCGGUGACCUGAUGGGAUCUCCUCCGCGUGAUUCUCACACCCCUCCAGAGCAUGCCAUGAUGGGACAUCACAUCCACAACAACCCUUCUUUCCAACACAUUCGACACGCUCCAUCCGCUUCGCCCCCUAUGCACAAUGGUCUGCCAUUCCACGCCCGCCAUGCUUCCCCUCAACCCGGCUCCAUGUCACGGCCGGAUUCGCGCGCCCAGGUGCGACGGUCUAGCUCCAACCUCAUGCCGCCGCAACAUCACUCCCAAGCACCUCCCGCCCAAAACAACUAUGCCUACAUGCCCAACCCGCCCUUCUUCAAUCCACAUGUUCCCCAAAAUAUGGGCCCCAAACCCCAAGCAACACCUCCUGCACCUCACUAUACAUACCCUCCACCCGCCCACCCCCAAGUCCACUACAUGCAACAGCCGGAUCAACGAAGACAGUCGGUACCCCCAACCUACCAGCAACAGCAACAGCAGCAGCAGCAGCACCAACAACAACAUCAACAUCAACAGCAGCAGCAGCAACAGUCACAACCGCAGCAACAGCAGCCACCUCAGCAACAGCAACAUCAACAUCAACAGCAACAUCAGCAGCAAGAACGCUCCCAGUCACAGUCCCAUGCUCCUCCUCCUCCUCUUCCCCAAUUGAAUGUUCCAUCUCCUCCAGAACAAAACACUUUCCAAAGCCCACCGCUGCCACAACCCAAAGCUCUGCCUGCUGCUGCUAAGCAUAGUAUCUUCACACCCAUCGACGACAGCCGAUCUAUGCUCGCAUGGGGUCCAGAGCCUCCUAGAAGUGAAGUCAAGCUUGAACCUGGCCUGCGGUCUCAAUCGAUUGAUGUGGCUGCUAUUCCCCGGACCCAAGCCGGCGAAAACUCACCUCCCCAACCACCUCCCUCCAACGUGGCCCCUCAACCACCGCAACGAACGCAAUCUACUUCAUCCGUUCCUGCCAGUUCGCUUCCUUCCCGCACCAAUAGUAUAGCCAAUCCUAGGCCCAGGCUCAAGGUGCAAAUUCCCAGUGAACAUUCGGAUGGCGGAAGUCAAACCGCAGACUCUUCGCCCAAAGAUUCGAGUACUACGGGAGCAACACCAGCAAGGACCAGCACCGAAGCAUCGCACUCCUCAACAGGCGUCGUUCUUCCUCCACCCUCACCCAGCGCGAACUCGUUAUUGAGUGCUGGUGCGACUGGACCACCCAAUCCCUUCGCUCGGCCUGCGCCUCCUACCAACAACGGGUCAUAUGGUAGCCGCGGUGAGAUGGAUACGCCCAUGUCAGCGCUGCCUAGCCGAUUUGUUGAAAACAACCUCCUCCCUUCACCCUCCAGCUUUUACCCCGAGUGGGGUUUUGGCAGGGAAUCCAACAUGCUGCCGAGUCCACUGACAUUCCAAACUCCGGUGGCCCCAAACGGCCCUAGCUUCAGUCGCGAUGAGCCUGCCGACCGGAAGCGAAAAACCUCUGACGAGGGUUCGGAUGCAGGCAGUCAAAAGCGGCUGAAGGCUUGA